ACAACAUACCUCAGACAAACAGGUACCAGAAACUGAAGAGGACCCUGGGAUAGAACAGACAUUUGGACAAUCUUGGACUGUCAUUGAUUACAGCUUGAAAAAAAACUGAAACAUGUGUUCUGGGAGUUUUGCUAGGUGCUUGGGGAUCACCCUAAUUCCUCUGGCUAUCCUUUGUGUCCUCUGCAACAUCCUGCUCUUCUUCCCUGGAGGCAAACCUGCUGCAAAGAAUGAAAACAUUACGGAUGAGGUCUGGUACUUUGGAGGAAUACUGGGCUCUGGUGUACUGAUGAUCUUUCCAGCGCUAGUCUUCCUGGGCAUGAAGAACAAUGACUGCUGUGGCUGCUGUGGCAAUGAGAGCUGUGGAAAAAGAUUUGCGAUGUUCUUUUCUGUCAUCUUUGCUGGAGUGGGGCUUCUGGGAGCUGGUUAUUCUUUCAUUGUGUCAGCGGCUGCCAUCAAUCGGGGACCCAAGUGUUUAACACUUAUCAAUGGCUCAUAUGUGUACCCAUUCGUUGACGGUAACUACCUGGGCAACCACACUCUGUGGGAACUGUGCUUGGAGCCUUCAGGAAUUGUGACAUGGCAUUUGACGCUCUUCUCCAUGCUGCUGAUUAUGGGCUUGGUACAGGUGGUGCUGUGUGGGUUCCAGGUCAUCAACGGCCUGAUUGGAACAGUCUGUGGAGAUUGCUGUGGAUGCUGUGGGGGUGGAGAUUAAAGCCUUCAGAAGUAACAAGAUUUAACAUGAGAAUAAUAUGUUAAUAACAAUGUUAAAUGUUUUUCUCCCCCACUUUCCCUUCCAAGUCCAGUUUUCUAUUUAUACUGUUCAUAUUGUUCAUUCUCUUAUAUCUCCCCUCUAUUCAUGUGCAUAUUUUGCUUGAGGCAAAAGAGAAAGCUAAUGAAGGCAAAAGAGAAUUCUAAUAUUCAUUUUAAAUAUUUUUUUUAAAAUCCCUAUCAUUUUGAUUUUUGUUUGCUUUUUUUUUAAAAACUGCAAAAGUAUUUGGAAUCUAAUUUAUACGCUGCUUUUUACACAGAAUGACAGCACUUGCUGUAUGUGAAAUUGCUGUAUGUACUGACACUAAUAUUAUAGAAUGUGAAAAUUAUACAUUUGUUUGAAUACCUGGUACCAAAUAUAUUCUUCAGUAAUAAAAAUGAAUAAAAAGUAAAA